CUUACUGAAAAUUGCAUUCUGGCUAAGAAGUGGCUGCGCCUGUGUGGGCUGUGCUGUAAACGCCCAGCGGAGAGCCGAGGAGAGUACGGGCUAAGCCGGUAGCCAGGCCGUGGACAUGGUGGCCUUUGAGGAUGUGGUUGUGAACUUUACUGAUGAAGAAUGGGCUAUGCUGGAUCCUUACCAGAAGAAUCUGUAUACAGAUGUGAUGCUGGAAACCUGCAGGAACCUCCUUGCUGUAGGAAUCAGAUGGGAAGACCAGAACAUUGAAGACCAUUAUAAAAAUCCUAGAAGCAGUUUAAGCUCAUUGGGAAUCCAUCAACAGACUCACAGUGAAGAGAACUCCUGUGUAUACACAGAAUGUGGAAAGACCUCUGUUUAUGGUAGUUCAUUUCGCACACAUCAAGGAACUCACACUGUAGAAAAACGUUAUGAGUGUAAUCAAUGUGGUAAAGCUCUGAGUUCUUCCACUUCCCUUCGGACACAUGAAAGGCUUCAUACUGGAGAAAGACCCUAUGAAUGUAAACAGUGUGGUAAGUCCUUCACCCGUAACAGUUCUUUUCACAGGCAUAAAGUAACUCAUGCUGGGGAAAAGCCCUAUGAAUGUAAACAAUGUGGUAAAUCUUUCAUUUAUCCUUAUUUACUUCAAACACAUGAAAGAACUCACAGUGGUGAAAAACCUUAUAGGUGUAAACAGUGUGGUAAAACUUUUAGAUGUCACAAUUCCCUUAGAAAUCAUGAAGGAAUUCAUUCUGGAGAAAAACCGUAUGAAUGUAAAAGAUGUGGUAAGGCCUUUAGAUGUCAUAGUUCCCUUCGAUUACACGAAAGAACUCACACUGGAGAAAAACCCUAUGAAUGUAAACAAUGUGGUAAAGCCUUUAGAUGUCACAGUUCCCUUCGAUUACAUAAAAGAACUCAUACGGGAGAGAAACCCUAUGAAUGUAAACAAUGUGGAAAAGCCUUUAGACGACCUGGUUAUCUUCGAUUACAUGAAAGAACUCAUACUGGAGAAAAACCUUAUCAUUGUAAACAAUGUGGUAAGGCCUUUAGUCAUCAUGGCUAUCUUCCAGUACAUGAAAGAAUUCAUACUGGAGAAAAACCCUAUCAAUGUAAACAGUGUGGUAAGGCCUUUAGACAACGUGGUUAUCUUCGAUUACAUGAAAGAAUUCAUACUGGAGAAAAACCCUAUCAGUGUAACCAAUGUGGUAAAGCCUUUAGACUUCAUAGUUCCCUUCAAUUACAUGAAGUAAUUCAUACUGGAAAAAAACCCUAUGAGUGUAAACAAUGUGGCAAAGUCUUUAGGUAUCACUAUUCCUUUCGAUUACAUGAAAGAGGUCAUACUGGAGAAAAACCUUACGAAUGUAAACAAUGUGGUAAGUCCUUUGUUUAUCGUUACUUCCUUCAAAUACAUGAAAGAACCCAUACUGUUCAAAAACCCUAUGAAUGUAAACAGUGUGGUAAAGCUUUUAAGGGUCAUAGUUCCCUUCGAAGACAUCAAGGAAUCCAUGCUUUUCAAAAACCGUAUGAAUGUAAACAAUUUGAUAAAGCUUUCAUUUAUCCUUAUUCACUUAAAACACAUGGAUGAACUCACACUGGUGAAAAACCCUUGAAUAUUAGUUUGGUAAUGUCUAUAGAGGUCACAGUUCCUUUCUAAGACAUGAAAUCUCAUGGUACAAGAUAAACUAUUGGUGUGUACAAUGUGCAGUAACUUUCAGCCUUUGAAUUUCCCUUCAAAUGCAUCGAAAACCUUAUAGGUGGAAUAUUUAAUGAAGUGAAAAUGGUGAGACCUUCAGUGUUUAUAAUUUGUUCAGAUCAUGGAAUGACACACACUGUACAAAAGUCUGAUGUAUGUAAGAAAUAUGUUAAGAUCUUCAUUAUUAUUUGAAGAUAUAUAAUGACUCAUUCCAGAGGAAAACACUUUGGAUGAAUGAAAUAUGGGAAUAAAUUCAUAUGUAUGAAAUAUUCAUUUGUUUCUCAUCUAAUCAAAGACACAAGAAAACUGAUAAUGGAGACAGACCUUACAAGAAAUGAACACUAUGGGACUAGAGAGAUGACUCAGCAGUCAAGAGCACUGGCUGCUCCUGCAAAGAACCUGGGUUCAAUUCCCAGCACCCACAAGGCAGCUAACA